AGCCAACCUUCCCGAGCUGCUGACAUUCCGCGAGAACCACCGCAACCCCCUUAAAACACAACAUAUAUAUAAUCGAAAGGCCCGUCGUCACGGCCUUGCACCGUUAUCUUCUCUCUGAAGCGCCUUCUCUGAGCCCACGCAACUAUGCCUCCUAAAGCUGACUGGGAAAAAUAUGACUCUCCUCUCGAUGAGGACAAGAAGGAGAAGAUCAAAGUGCUGGAUGAGGGGGACAUCGCCAUCUUGAAGACAUAUGGACAAGGACCGUAUGCGAAAGAGCUGAAAGCGAUAGAGACGGACAUUAAGGAGGUCCAGAAGCGGGUCAACGAAAAGAUGGGAGUGAAGGAAACAGACACUGGUUUAGCGCCGCCAAAUCUUUGGGAUAUCCCUGCGGACAAGCAACGCAUGUCUGAGGAGCAUCCUCUUCAGGUCGCUCGUUGCACCAAGAUCAUCCAGGCAGGCGAAGGAGAGGACGCAAAAUAUGUCAUCAACGUGAAGCAGAUCGCAAAGUUCGUGGUUGGACUUGGGGAACGGGUUGCGCCCACUGAUGUUGAAGAGGGCAUGCGAGUAGGAGUGGACCGGACCAAAUACCAGAUUCAGAUCCCAUUACCACCACGUAUCGACCCUACAGUGACUAUGAUGCAGGUUGAGGAUAAACCAGACAUCACGUAUGCUGAUGUUGGUGGGUGCAAGGAGCAGAUUGAGAAGCUCCGUGAAGUAGUCGAAAUGCCUCUACUGCAGCCUGAGCGAUUUGUCAACCUUGGUAUCGACCCUCCAAAGGGUGUCUUGCUGUAUGGCCCUCCCGGGACGGGAAAAACGCUCUCCGCACGUGCAGUUGCCAAUCGUACCGACGCAACGUUUAUCCGUGUCAUUGGUUCCGAGCUUGUUCAGAAGUAUGUCGGUGAAGGCGCACGAAUGGUCCGCGAGCUUUUUGAAAUGGCACGAACAAAGAAAGCCUGCAUCAUUUUUUUUGAUGAAGUUGACGCGAUUGGAGGAGCUCGUUUCGAUGACGGUGCCGGUGGCGACAAUGAAGUGCAGCGAACGAUGUUAGAGCUGAUUAACCAACUGGAUGGGUUCGACCCACGUGGUAACAUCAAGGUGUUGAUGGCCACCAACAGGCCCGACACACUGGACCCGGCUCUCAUGCGACCUGGACGUCUGGAUCGUAAAGUAGAGUUCAACCUGCCUGACUUGGAGGGACGAGCGCACAUCUUGAAGAUCCAUGCUCGCAGCAUGAGUGUGGAACGUGACAUUCGAUAUGAGCUGAUUGCUAGGCUGUGCCCGAAUGCUACUGGUGCUGAAUUGCGCAGUGUAUGCACGGAAGCCGGCAUGUACGCCAUCAGAGGACGACGGAAGGUAAGGCAUCCACGAAGGGAAGUGGCUUGACUAUGGACGUGGCGGGCUCACGUUUACAUCGACGACCCAUUCUUGAUAGCUCGCUACCGAAAAGGACUUU